AUGCAAGAAAAUUCGCAUAAUUCCUAUAGAACAAGAACCAUUUCGUAUUUGGAGCCCACUUCUAAUAGAUAUAGUAAACGAUUGGUUCUUUGUCAGACAGACAAUGGCCCUUGUCCCAUCAUUGCAAUUGUAAACUCGUUGGUUUUAAAAUCUAACGAUGAGAGGUCAUUCUCGCUUCCGAAUAAAAGACACAUUCCUGCAGAAGAAGUAACUGACUGUCUUAUUCAAUUCGCCAAAAGAUAUGCGCUUUGCGAAGAUUUUGAAGACCUUCAUGGUCAGCUUUCUAUUGUGCAUUUUGGUCAACAGUUAAAUCCUUCUAUUCUAGACAUUCAAAAAUUCGAAUAUGGUGAUGAAAUGUUCAAAUUAUUCGGCAUUCCCUUAGUUCACGGCUGGUUAUUCUCCAGUGAAAUAAUGCAAGACGACCAAUCGUCUCUCAAAUGUUUGCAAGAACUAGAGUAUUAUGAGAAAAUCGCAGAUACUUUUGCAGAAAGACGCUCUUUAUUGGAAAUGCUAGAUAACUUGACUGCCGAACAGACAAGCUUUCUCGAAAAAACUACGUUUGUUGACGCAAUUAUGGAAGACAGGUUUACCAUGCAGUUUCUCACUUCAUCCGGUUUGCAAAAAAUUCUCGAGUUAAUUCAUCCCGGGGAAAUUGUAGUUUUAUUUCGAUCAUGUCAUUUCAGUACUUUGUAUUCUAAUCCGGAAUCACUAAGUCUUUUUACACUUGUCACAGACAGCGGCUAUGCUAGAACUGGAGAAGAUGUAGUAUGGGAAACUUUUGAUGACCAGGUAGUUGAAACCGGAACUGGAGAACUUUGUUCGGCAAAUUUUAUACCGGCUGUCCUCGUUAUAAACCAGAGAAAGGAAGAACAUGAGCGCCGUGUUAAAGAAGAUGAACGUUACGCCAAAGGGUUAGCCCGAGGACAGCAGCAACAGAGCCGUAAUGGACAAAAUAGAGGCUACCCACAGACAGCCCAUCGAUCCAGAAACAAGACACCAAAGAAGAAACACGAUGAGCAGCAAUUAAAAAGCUGUACCAUCUCUUAG